ACAUUGGGUGGGCGGUGGCGGCAGUGGUGGUGGCGGCAGCGGGGCAGUCGGCGGCCGGCACGGCGGGUGCAGGGAAGCAAGGGUUGGAGGCGGCGGGGGGCUGGAACUCGCUGCCCAUCCUGGUGCUGACCUCCAAGGAACGGGUGAGCCGCAGGGCUGCGGGGCAGAGGAUGGGGGCCGGGGCCAGCGCUGAGGAGAAGCAUUCCCGCGAGCUGGAGAAAAAGCUCAAGGAGGACGCUGAGAAGGAUGCCAGGACCGUCAAGCUCCUGCUGCUGGGAGCAGGAGAGUCGGGGAAGAGCACCAUCGUCAAGCAGAUGAAGAUUAUCCACAAGGAUGGUUACUCGCUGGAGGAAUGCCUGGAGUUCAUCGUCAUCAUCUACAGCAACACUCUCCAGUCCAUGCUGGCCAUCGUGAGGGCCAUGACCACCCUCAACAUCCAGUACGGGGACUCAGCUCGCCAGGACGAUGCCCGCAAGCUGCUGCACCUCGCGGACACCAUCGAGGAGGGCACCAUGCCCAAGGAGAUGUCAGACAUCAUCGGGCGGCUCUGGAAGGACACAGGCAUUCAAGCCUGCUUCGACCGUGCCUCCGAGUACCAGCUCAACGACUCAGCUGGCUACUACCUGUCAGACCUGGAGCGUCUGGUGACCCCCGGCUACGUCCCCACGGAGCAGGACGUGCUGCGCUCCCGUGUCAAGACCACCGGCAUCAUCGAGACCCAGUUCUCCUUCAAAGACCUGAACUUCAGGAUGUUCGAUGUGGGUGGUCAGCGCUCGGAGCGGAAGAAGUGGAUCCACUGCUUCGAGGGGGUGACCUGCAUCAUCUUCAUCGCGGCCCUCAGCGCCUACGACAUGGUCCUGGUGGAGGAUGACGAAGUGAACCGCAUGCACGAGAGCCUGCACCUCUUCAAUAGCAUCUGCAACCACCGCUACUUCGCCACCACCUCCAUCGUCCUCUUCCUCAACAAGAAGGACGUCUUCCUGGAGAAGAUCAAGAAGGCCCAUCUCAGCAUCUGCUUCCCCGACUAUGAUGGUCCCAACACCUACGACGACGCGGGCAACUACAUCAAGCUGCAGUUCUUGGAGCUGAACAUGCGGCGGGACGUGAAGGAGAUCUACUCCCACAUGACCUGCGCUACCGAUACCGAGAACGUCAAGUUCGUCUUCGACGCCGUCACCGACAUCAUCAUCAAGGAGAAUCUCAAGGACUGCGGGCUCUUCUGAGCCCCAGCCCCAGUGCCCCCUCCCCAGCCCGGGCCUCCUCCUCCCCUGGGGCCCAGCCCCACCACUGCCCCCACACACACACCCCACCCCCGCACCUCUGUAACCAUCUCCACUUGCCCCAAACCCCUGGGAUUUGACCUGCUCAGCCCCAGAGCCACCCCUGGGUGGGGGGGCACGCUCCUGCUUCUCCGCCCCACCAGCUCUCCCACCGGCCAGCGCUGUGGGACACCCAGUGCCACUGGGUCCUGGGGGUCCCUGGGGGCUCCAGGUGCUGGGAACCACUGGGUGAUCCUGGGUGCUGAAGGGUGCUGGAUCCUCUUGGAUGCUGCAGGGCGCUGAGGGUCCUUGGGUACCCCUUGGAGCUGGGGGGUGCGGGGAGGGUCCAUGAGUGCUGAGGGCCCCUGGGUACCCCUUGGAGCUGGGGGGUACUGGGGGGUCCUGGGUGUCCCUGGGUACCCCUUGAAGGUGACGGGUACUGAGGAUCCCCUCAGUACUCUUUGGAGAGUCCUGGGGGUCUCUGAGUUCCUUUUGGAGCUGGGAGGUGCUGGGGGGCUCUCCAGGAACUUCUUGGAGUUGAGGGGUGCUGGCUGUCCCCAGAUGACCCUUGGUGCUGGGGCAUCUGGGGGGGUCUUUGGGUGCCCCUUGAUGCUGGGAUGACCUUGGGGUGCUGCAAGGUAUUGGAGGUUCCUGGUACCCCUUGGAGCUGAGGGGUAUUGGGGGGGUUCCCUUGGGUGAUAGGGGACCCUGGGUACCCUUUGGAGCUGGAGGGUACUGGAGGAUCCCUUGGGUGCUGCAGGGUGAUGAGAGUUCCUGGGUGCCCCUUGGAGCUGGGGGAUGCUGGAGGUCCCUGGGCGCCCUUUGGAACUGAGGGAUGCUGGGGUCCCUUGGGUGCCGAGUGUCCAUGGGUGUCUCCAGGACCCCCUUGGAGCUGGGGACUGCUGGGAGUCCCUUGGGUGUUACAGGGUGCUGGGUGCCCCUGGGUGCCCCUGGAGCUGGGGGUCCCUGUGGGCUGCUGGGUGUAAGGGGUGCUAGAUCUCUGUCGGGGCCACAUGUGACUGGGUAGCCCUGGGCACAGGGUGUCCCCGAGGACUGUGUGGUACUGUGGUCCCCUGGGUGCCACCAUCCCCCUGAUGCAGGGCCAGGGGGGUGGUCAUUGCCCCUCCCCAGCAGCACCCCCAGCUACUGAGCCAGCACCCCUGGGGGGGGAUGGCUUAGACCCCCAGCAACAUCCCAGCUCUCCCCCCAAGGGUCCCACUGCUGCUCUCACCUCCCACACCCAGGGGAUGCUGCUGAGCCCUGGGGUGAUGCCAGCCCACCCGUGCCCCUCUCCCACCCCCAGGGACUCCCCUAGCCCUCCCACAGAGGUGAAGCACCCAUGCCCACCCCCGGGUCACACGGGGGUGGGGGGUAGUAUAUAUACUUUUUUUCUCUCUCUCUCUUUUUUUUUUUUUUUUUUUUUUUUUUUUUCCUUUCUACAUUUUAUUAUUUCAAACAAUGUGAACAAUUCGGUAAAACAUCCUGUGGGAAAAGCGAGGCCGCGGGCACCGGCUGAGGGGGCCCCCCCAGGCUGGGGGGGGGACAGCGGGGGCCACUCUGUACAGCACGCUCUCCUCGCCCAACGCAACAGCUAGCCCUACAAAACUAGGUUUAGAAAGGAGGGGGGGGGGAAUACAGGCAGCAGGCAGCACCCCCCUGCCUGCCCUCCUGCCCAGCCACUGCCUGCUGGGGGCUGCCCAUCCCUCUGGGCGAUGGGGUGGGGGGCAGCAAGGUGGGGUGAGGCACGGACCCCCCCCAAGGCACACGGUUGGGGGGUGGGCUGGCCACAGAGGACGCCGCCACCAUGUAGCACUUGACGCUUUUAAAUAGUUUGGUAAAAAGUUUUCUUUAAAAAGCAACCUCGCCCCA